GAUUUCUGCCUUUCUGGCACUCCUCGAAAACAGUCUCGGACAUAUUUUUUCGGGAAGAAAUAAUCAGACAGGAAUUAGGUGAUUCAGGAUUCCAUUUCCAUCCAUGGAUUCCAGCCAACUUAUCGACUCUCUCACUGCUCACGUAGCCUUGUAUCACUCAUCCGCUUCUUCAACAUCUUCAUCUCCUUCUAUCAACCCUAGAGCCUCAAUACUUCGCUGGUUUUCAUCUCUCAAUGUGCACCAGCGACAAUCAUCUCUCACAAUCGUCGACGCCAAGUUUACCCAAAUUCUCAUUCAAAUGCAGAAAAAGCUACAUAACCACGGCCAUGGUUUCUUCAUCAUCCUACCCGAUCUUCCCUCUCGCUAUCAUCCGUCCCUCCCCAGUCUCUGCUUUCGAAGAUCGAGAGGUCUCCUAGCUAGGGCCAGUUCUUCUAACGAGUCGGAACUGUCGAUCUUUAAUGCGGUGCAAAUGUUCAGUUCCAUAGAAGGAGAGGGAGUUGAAGGAUGUUCCUGUUCCGUUGGUGGCCUUGACUCAAUCACUGUUUCUGAAGAUUUUGUCGGGGAGUUGAAUCAUUUUGUUGCGGUGAUGGACGGCAUUUCCAAUGGGCAGUUUCUGAGAGGCGAAGGCAGCAUCUUGGGUUCUUCUUGGGAAGAAUUACCGUGGCUGAAGGCAAAAGGAUAUUACAGCAUGGAGGCAUUCGUGGCGAACAAGUUGGAACUCGCUUUAAGGUUGUCAUGGUUGAAUUGCAAUGCAGGAAAGAAGCGCGGACCAAAAUUGAAAGAGAAAGCCAAUAUUGCAGGUAUAGCGGCAAAUGUCUACUGGAGGAAGAAAGGAUGUUUAGACUGGUGGAUUGGGUUGGAUUCUUCCGUGAGGAAGAAGACUUUUCGGGUAGCUUUAGGCAAAGCGGCCAAAUAUCUGACAAAUGAGAUUGUGAAGGCGGCGAAUGACACAUUGGGGAAUGAAGUUUGUUUUUGUAGUACAAGAGCAGAGCAGUCAUUGAUGUACAGUACUAUCUCACAUCAAAGGACUGCCAGGAUGCUCUCAGUAGCUGAAGCAGAAAUUUGUUUGGUCCUUCCAUCUCCUACAUCUGGAAAAUAUGGUUCCUUAGCCAAUCUCUUCAAAGGACUUCUUGUGCUUCAGGAGAUUUCUAUGAUGGUAUCAUCAUGUCGGCAUGGUGGAUAUGAAAAAGAAAGGCUAUUUUUCAGUACACUGGGUUCUGUCCUCACCAUUUCAGACUGCAUACUAAGGAAAUUACGAGGACUGCUUAUGGUUGUUUCCAGUGAUUGCAUAAAACUUGAACUUCUAGGAGAGGGGAAAUUGAAGGCAUCCAUAAAUAAAUCUGAACAGAAGCUUGGUGCUGGUAGCCGGAGAGGGAAAGGAAAGAGCCGUAGUCUGAAAAGGAAAAAUCUUGUUCUGAAGUCAUCUGGAGCUAAUUUUGCAGUUGAGAAAUGUCCUGAGGAGCAUGAGUGCAGAUUGGCCCACCCAGACCAUUCCGAACUUGUUAAGGCUAAUGGGGAGAGUGGUGCACAUCUGGGGAAGGAUUCUCAUGAUGAGACCUCAUUACCAGGGGUUCAGAUGGAACAUGCCAAAAACAAGGUUCAAACUACUGGAAAGAAGCAUAAGAAAGAAAGCUCUAGAAGUAAGAGAUCUAACUUAAAUGAAACAAUUAAGCUUGAUUCUGAUGUAAGAACUCUACAAACUACCUCCCAGCCUGUUACUUUUCAACCUGAGGUUGCAAAAGAUAACAUGUUAUCCAAUACUUCAGCUGUUCAUAAUCUGCCAACUGAUAUUCCAAUGGGUGGCAACAACAUUAUACCAAAUUCAAGUUUUUGUAUAUCCACGAGUAAGCCUAAUAAAGAGGAUAGUGCUGAAGUGGCUCAAAACAGCCAAGAAGAGUCUGUUGUUGGUUCGACUGAAUGUAGUCCUCAUAUUGGUUUAGAGUGUUUGUUCUUCCCAAACACAACAGCUGGAACUAAUGCUACUUCUAGAGUGGAGACAGUACAUGCCACACCUGCCUUAGAGCUUGAUAAUAUCAUAAAAAACAAGGAGCACAUACGUGAAGGAUCUGGACAGGAGCCUGAUAAUGUUAUAACAAAUAAAGAACUCAAGCAUCAAAGUUCUGGACAGUUAAGUGCUACUGCUGCUGUUUCUCCAUUGUUAAAAGAAAGCAUCAACUUCAAUGAAGAAAGCACCCUCUUUCAGAAGCAAGAAAGUGGGAACUGUUAUUCUCAUUGCCCCACAAGUUCUUCUGGGUGCACAUCAUAUGAAUGGCCCAGUAUUGCACCUGUUCAUUUCCCAUCUGUCAACUCUCAGCAUCUCCCAGCUGCCACUGAUAGAUUGCAUCUGGAUGUUGGUUGCAACUGGCGUAAUCAGUUCCAUCAAUCCUAUUUGUCCACAAGGCAUCAGUCAAGAAAUUCAUUAGUUGAAGGUGGCUGCAGCCGGAUCAUGCCUCAAACUUCAUUGAGUUUAGAUUGGCCCCCAGUGGUACAAAGUAGCAGUAGGUUGACUCCUUCAGUGGCUUGUAACUAUGACUCUGGAUUUAUUCCAAGGAUGCAGUCUCCAUUUCGGCAGAGUUUCACACCUCAUGGCCUUCAACUUAAUGGAAUGAUGCCUGAGGAUGACAGGAAGCAUUCUGGGGAUGUUAUAGACUCAUGUGACUUAACAAAGGCAUCUGAGCUAGCAGAUGAUUGUGAUAGCCAUUGGGUAUCGGAAGAAGAAUUUGAGAUGCAUGCAUUUUCUGGAAGAGAUUAUAAUCAAUACUUUGGUGGUGGAGUGAUGUACUGGAAUACCUCGGAUCAUGCAGGCACAGGUUUCUCUCGUCCUCCUUCUUUAAGUUCUGAUGAUAGUUCAUGGGCUUGGCAUGAAGCGGAUUUAAAUAGAACCAUUGAUGAUAUGGUUGGCUUCUCUUCUUCAUAUAGCACAAAUGGUUUGACAUCUCCACCUGCAUCUCCAUUUUGUUCUCCUUUUGAUCCUUUAGGAUCUGGGCACCAGUCCCUUGGUUAUGUUAUGUCAGGAAAUGAUGUAACAAGCAAGGUUCUGCACUCUUCAUCAGUGACAGAUGGAGUGCCAGAAGAGAACACAACUGGAUCUUUGGCUAAUUCACCUGGUGGUGUUGUAGAAGGGCAGACUGGGGAUUCACUUGCAUAUCCCAUUUUGCGACCAAUUAUCAUUCCAAACAUGUCAAGGAAGGGUUCUGAGUUUAAGCUCAGUCGUGAUCAUAAAAGUCCAUGUAUUCCUCCUACCAAGCGAGAACAACCUCGGAUCAAACGACCACCAUCACCUGUAGUACUUUGUGUUCCACGAGCUCCACAUCCACCUCCACCUUCUCCUGUUGGUGAUUCCAGAAAACAGAGAGGUUUCCCAACUGUAAGGUCUGGUAGCUCUAGCCCUAGGCACUGGGGCAUGAGAAGUUGGUAUCACGAUGGAACUAACUGUGAAGAAGCUCGCCUCUGUGUGGAUGGUGCUGAGGUUAUUUGGCCUUCAUGGGGAAACAAAGGCCUUUCAGCUACAUCAAUGAUUCAACCUUUACCUGGAUCUCUGUUACAAGAUCGCCUAAUUGCAAUCUCUCAGUUAGCUCUUGAUCAGGAACAUCCAGAUGUAGCAUUUCCUGUGCAACCUCCUGAAUUACUGAAUUGUCCUGCUCGUAAGACAUUAGUUUCUUUGAUGCACAGUCUCCUUCACGAUGAAAUUGAUUCAUUCUGCAAUCAGGUUGCUGCCCAGAAUUUGGCUAGGAAGCCAUACAUUAAUUGGGCUGUUAAGAGGGUUGGACGGUCUCUCCAGGUCCUAUGGCCACGGUCCAGGACCAACAUCUUUGGUUCAUAUGCAACUGGGUUGUCCCUGCCAACCAGUGAUGUGGAUCUUGUGGUUUGUCUUCCUCCUGUGAGAAAUUUGGAACCUAUUAAAGAAGCUGGGAUCUUGGAAGGUCGAAAUGGGAUUAAGGAAACUUGCCUUCAGCAUGCAGCUAGAUACCUUGCCAAUCAGGAGUGGGUUAAGAAUGACUCCCUUAAGACUGUAGAAAAUACAGCUAUACCUAUUAUCAUGCUUGUAGCUGAAGUUCCUCUUGAUCUUAGUGCUACUACUGGAAAACUUUCAAAUGUGCAAACACCAAAUAUAGAAUCAACCCAAAUGACUGGCAAACUUGACUGUACCACUCAGUCUGAUAUAAUGGGUUUAAGCAACUCUUCUUGGCCAAAGUGCUCAUCGGUGGAAAAUGAUAAUGCCAUGGAUGUCAAGUCGGUUCGUCUGGAUAUCAGUUUUAAGUCACCAUCACACACGGGACUCCAAACUACAGAGCUGGUUAGAGGACUCACUGAGCAAUUUCCUGCAGCUACACCCCUUGCUUUGGUACUGAAACAGUUCUUGGCAGAUCGCAGCUUGGACCACUCCUACUCUGGUGGCUUAAGUUCAUAUUGUUUGGUGUUACUGAUCAUACGGUUUCUACAGCAUGAGCACCAUCUUGGCCGGUCUAUUAACCAAAACCUAGGAAGCCUAUUGAUGGACUUUCUCUACUUCUUUGGAAAUGUAUUUGAUCCACGUCAAAUGCGUAUCUCAAUUCAAGGAAGUGGAAUUUAUGUAAAUAGGGAAAGAGGACAUUGUAUUGACCCAAUUCACAUUGAUGAUCCACUUUUCCCAACAAAUAAUGUUGGGAGGAACUGUUUUCGCAUACAUCAGUGCAUCAAGGCUUUUGCAGAUGCUUAUUCUACUCUGGAGAAUGAGCUUACGUGCCUUCCUAGUGAUUCUGAUUCAAGGACUAGGCAGUCAUAUAAAUUACUUCCCAAAAUUAUUCCAAGUCUUGGUCUUUCAUAGGAACAUUCUGUUUUCCAAGGAGUUCAAAUAUGGUCAAAAUUCCACAGCAGUUUCCAAUAACUUUCAUCUCAAAAUCAGCAUGAAGUUUCGUCUGUGCAUUUGAAGGUGAUGUGGUGAAGAUUGAAGAAUAGCUGCUAUUCUUGGUUGUUGAUGUGGAAAGCUUCUAUGUUCCUGGGACCCCCAUUAGCAGUAAAUUACAAAUCUAAGGCGAUUUGAGACCUGCUUACUGAAAAUGUUUCAACACAAACUGGUGGGCUGGAAGAAAACUUAUCUAUCCAAAGUUGGUAAGCUGAUGCAAAUUAAAAGUGCCAUUUUCAAUCUCUCAAUCUACCUCUCUUCUCUUGUGGUAUUUGUAGCAGAUGCUUAAAAAAUGGAAGAUUUUUUUUUUGGAUGGUUCAAAUGACAAGGAGAAAUACCAUCUUGUUUCAAUUAUAUCUGACAGAAGAGGGGUAGGCCUGGAUCAUUUCGUUUGGUGAAUAGUGUCUAUGACAUUAUAGUGCAGAAAAAAUGCCUAUGGAUAAGUCUGAUCUUCUCUUGAUUGUGAUUUCCUCCUGCCCCCGCACUAUCAACACUUAUGGGGCAGGUGUUUGGGGAGGCAUAAUGCAUACAAGGGAUGAAUUUCUCAAUAAUAUUGCAUUAUAAACUGAGUAAAUGCGACCAAUUUAUUUCUGCAGUGAUUGUUGAGUUGGUGAAGGAUCCCUUAAUUUUGAAUUUCCACAUCUUUUUAACCUGACACAGGCCUAGUAAAGCAGUGCUAUGAAAUUGUGGGUCAUUUGAUUUGGAAUGUAAAUGAUUGGUAAAUGGAUUCACUGGCCGCUUUUCUGAAAGACUAGUUUACACAAUAAUCAAGUUGAGGCACAGGAUUUGAAAAGCUUACACAUGAUGGGAUGGAGGAUAGAAACAGUAUUUUUUUAAUACAAUCCUUCUAUGAGUCUGCAGGUCUAUCUCAAGUUGUGUUCCCAUUCAAAUGGAUAUGGUUAGCCCAUACCCCAACCUCAAGACAAAGUCCUUGGUAACAACCAUUUAAUACAGGUGGGGCCUUUGACUACAACUGCAUUAUGAUGAAUGGAGGAAACCGUUCAUGAAAUAUGUGUUGACUGCUUACACUGUGCAAAUGUAUUCGUGAAAUAUGUGUUGACUGCUUGCAGCUCUUCAAAUGAAAUUGGGUAAUCCUUAAGGAAUAAGGGCCUCCCCAUGCUAAUAUCACUAUGGAGAGAUUAUUGUAGAGAGGGCUUGGAUUCCACGUUUGAUAGAGGGAACUCUCUGGUGGAUGGAAAGAUUGAAAGAACUCUAGUAAGCUGGGUUUUAAUCCUCAAGGACUUUGAAAUACCUUUAUGAUCAGUUCUGAUGCAAAUGAGGGGGGGGGGGGGAUAUCAUCUUCAACUCAUCUUCUAAUGUAUAAAGGGGGUGUGCUUGUAUAUAUGCUAAACAUGGUUUUGGAUUCAUUAAUUAUACUUAUACAAUACAAUAUACUAUUUAUAAAAAAAUAUUCAAGGUAGCACAUGGAUUGAAGAUUGCUCCAGCAAGUUCUUUCCCGUGGUAAUAACUAUAUAUUGAUGGCAAGAGCAUGACUAUGUAAGUAUAUAUAUUCUUUUUUCUAUUGGAGUUGUGUGUUUUGUGCGAUCAUUUGCAACUUAAUAUCUUGGAGCAUUGUUUCUUUCUAUCCUUCGCUGUUUUACAAUGCAGCUUGACUCACUAAAUUUGCAUUAUGAUCCUGGCAACUAUUUCAUUUGACACUUGCUAUUUGGAUGCCCUGCAGUUACUGGAACCAAGCUGUUAGGUGGCACUAUGCUUUUAUGUGUUGCAAUCACAUCUUGCACCUUGCCUUCUUUAUUCAGCAGAUGCCAUGUCCUUGUCAAGACCAUCCUUGUAAAGUGCAUCACAUUCAAUGUUUGACUAUGUACAGAAGCUACAGAAGUUUAUGGUGAAUAAUCCUUGUAAAGUGCAUCACAAUCAAUGUUUGACUAUGUACAGAAGCUACAAAAGUUUAUGGUGAAUCAUGCAUGGUCAGCAUUUUUCUUUUCUACAUUUUGCUGUAUAUUGCAUUGCCUGUGUUUAAGCUGCAGGGUUCUUACUGUUCUUGUUACUGAGAAGGUACGGGAAACAGGGCCAAUCAAUCAGUUGUGAACUUGUGGGCGUGGAGUGGGUGCAAGGAAUGGGAAGCCAUUCCAUGAGUGGAACUCCCCCGUUUAACCAAGAUGCACAAGUGGAGGCAUCAGUAUCAUCAUCAUCCAUGCCUUAUCCCAACUAUAUGGGGUCCUGUUUUAUGCACAAGUGGAGGUCUCAUGAAACCCCUUGUAAUUUUCUGCAGCGUGACAGAAGCUGUGCAAGACAAGAACCAGAAAUUGGAUGGUUGACAUACUUGAUGCUGCAAACCAUCGCUUUGGCAAUGAAAUGAGGAAUAGACCACCAAUCUACAGUGGACUGCAGGAACAAGCUGUAUUGCAUUGGUAGAUUAAAAGCCAGUUUUACAAGCACAUUAAGGCUUUUGAUGCUUAAGUUAUUCAGGUAAUGUGGUCUGCAGUACAUCAAUUUUAAGCAUUAAUUCAUCCAAGAAGAAUAUGUUCUCGUUCACUGUUUUGACUGGAUGUGUUAGAUUAUGUAAUAUUGGGCCGUCCCAACCAAAUUGGAAAUGGUUGGAUGGUUAGGGUCAUCUAAUUUCGCUGAAUUUUAAUGUCAUCAGGAUUCAGGAUAUGGACAAAGAGGAGGAUAGAAUCGCAA